AUGGCCACUUCCCAACAAACCACCAAGGUUAGCUAUGCCGAUAUUGCGAGUCGGCCAGCUGCUACCAUGCAACCCAGGGUAGCAAGGCCGGAAUUCUCAAAUGUAGUGAUAGUGAAGCCAAGCGGGGGCAAAACUUUCGGUAGCACGAAGUCGAAGGUUAUCGGCGACUUCAUCCGGAAAGAGUGGAAGUUGGUCGCAGUAGCAAUCAGUUCAAGAACCAAGGCUGGUGAAAUCAACCCGAAAGACGUCAUGGACGCAGUAUCCAAAGUAUGUGCCGACCACGUCACAAAUCAACAACCAUCAACCAAGGAUACCAAACCAAAGAGGAAGAGAUCCAGCACGGCUGUUCCGAAGACCGACGUAGUGGGUCAAUCAGUGGAAAUAAAUCCUCAUCCUAAAUUACUGCUGAGGGGCCUGAUAACAAAAGUUCUGUCAGGAUCACCGGUUUCCGAUUUUUAG